ACUUCUAACUUAGAAUAAGUCAAGAGAUAAGCAAUAAGUAAAAUUUAUACAAAGAGCACUUUUUUUGCGGAUCAUGACUGAAUUUUUAAUGAAGAUUUUGGUUUUGAUGGUGCUAAUUCUUUACAAUGUAGUUUUAACUGUUUCCCAAUUUAACAAAAAUGGGGGUGAUGCAGUGACAAGCAUUGAAACGUUAAUUCAAACGGGAAAAAUACCAUUUCCUCCGCCACACGCCCCUCUUCCGCAGAACUCUUCUUUUAUUACAUUAUUAUCCGGUUUAUGUACCGUUCAAAAUGUAGAUUGCUUAAAAAAUGUGGAAUGGAUAGUAUCAGUACGAAAGCGGGCAGCUCAAAAAGCUUGUGAAGUGUACUUACAGUUGCCAAUAGAUCGAAUUUUGGGAGGUACGCCAACAGCUGAUUUCCCGUGGAUGGCGGCUUUGGGUUAUUUAAAUCGAGAAUUAAAAGUGACUUUUGACUGCGGAGGCACUGUUAUAUCUGAAUUGUAUGUAAUGACGGCUGCGCACUGUGCUCUUGCGGCACGACCACCGGUUGUAGUGCGAUUGGGCAAACCAACUCUCACCGAUGCUGAGGAUGAUAUCAAAGCUACGAAUCAUCCAAUUCGAGACGUAAUUCGGCAUCCGAAUUAUUCAACACUAAGUAAGAGAAACGAUAUUGCGUUAUUACGAUUAGGAAAACGUAUAUUUUUCACACCAGAUAUUACACCGCCAUGCUUGCAAAUGGAUUUAAGUGAUAUGAAUUCAAAUGUGAAGUUACUGGUAACCGGAUGGGGUGUUACUGUAGUCGAACGUGGCGUUCGAUCUGAUGUUCUUCUAAAGACACAAUUGACAACGAUGACAUUUUCCGAGUGUGAACGAAUACUUUCGAAUUUUAAUUUACAGGCAAAUCAAGCCGCCCUUCAAGAUGGCAUCAGUCAAGGGCAGUACUGUGCAUACGACCCAACGGGACGAAAUGAUAGUUGUCAAGGGGACAGUGGCGGUCCUCUUCAAUAUUUUCCCACAACAAGUUCAAGCGUUUCUACUGUCAUCGGUAUCGUUUCAUAUGGUUUUAGUUGCGGUACACAAUUGCCCGGCAUUAACACGAGAGUCGCAUUCUAUUUAGCAAAGCAUGACGAUAAGGCAAGAUUGCUUGCCAGCGCCACCAAAUGA